AGAACAUGUUUCUGCCGCCUGUCUUGCAGGUUUUUUCUUACGACGACCCGUAAAAGUCGCGCUGUAGGAAGAAGUUUCUCAAGCCUUCUCUUUAUUCCAUUUGCUUUGUCUACGACCAAGGACCAGGCAUCAUGCGUGAGUGUAUCAGUAUCCAUGUUGGCCAGGCUGGUGUCCAGAUCGGCAAUGCGUGCUGGGAUCUGUACUGCUUGGAACAUGGCAUCCAGCCUAAUGGUCAGAUGCCCAGUGACAAGACCAUGGGGGGUGGAGACGAUUCCUUCAACACAUUCUUCAGUGAGACGGGAGCUGGCAAGCACGUUCCCCGAGCUGUGUUUGUGGACCUGGAGCCAACUGUGAUCGAUGAGGUUCGUAAUGGUACCUACCGCCAGCUCUUCCACCCUGAGCAACUCAUCACUGGGAAAGAAGAUGCUGCCAAUAACUAUGCCCGUGGCCAUUACACAAUUGGCAAGGAGAUUAUUGACCAAGUUCUGGACAGAGUCCGUAAACUAGCUGACCAAUGCACAGGUCUCCAGGGUUUCCUGGUCUUCCACAGCUUUGGUGGUGGCACUGGCUCCGGUUUUACCUCCCUGCUGAUGGAACGUCUGUCCGUUGACUAUGGCAAGAAAUCCAAGCUUGAAUUCUCCAUCUACCCAGCUCCCCAGGUGUCUACAGCGGUGGUAGAGCCCUACAAUUCCAUCCUGACCACCCACACCACCUUGGAGCACUCAGAUUGUGCUUUCAUGGUUGACAAUGAAGCCAUCUAUGACAUCUGCCGCCGAAACCUUGACAUUGACCGACCAACUUAUACUAAUUUGAACAGAUUAAUAGGCCAGAUAGUGUCCUCCAUCACAGCCUCCCUCCGUUUUGAUGGUGCCCUGAACGUUGAUCUGACUGAGUUCCAGACCAACUUGGUGCCAUAUCCCCGUAUCCACUUCCCCUUGGCCACAUAUGCCCCAGUUAUCUCAGCUGAGAAAGUCUACCAUGAGCAGCUUUCGGUAUCUGAGAUUACCAAUGCUUGCUUUGAGCCAGCCAACCAGCUGGUCAAAUGUGACCCACGCCAUGGCAAGUACAUGGCCUGCUGCCUCCUUUAUCGUGGUGAUGUGGUGCCAAAAGAUGUCAAUGCAGCAAUUGCUACCAUUAAAACCAAACGUAGCAUUCAGUUUGUGGAUUGGUGUCCAACUGGUUUCAAGGUUGGUAUCAACUACCAGCCUCCCACUGCGGUUCCUGGAGGUGACCUGGCCAAGGUGCAGCGAGCUGUGUGUAUGCUGAGCAACACCACUGCUAUUGCUGAGGCUUGGGCUCGCCUGGACCACAAGUUUGACCUGAUGUAUGCCAAGCGUGCCUUUGUUCACUGGUAUGUUGGUGAGGGUAUGGAGGAAGGAGAGUUCUCAGAGGCCCGUGAGGAUAUGGCUGCUCUGGAGAAGGAUUAUGAAGAAGUGGGUGUUGACUCAGUGGAGGGAGAAGGAGAAGAGGAAGGUGAGGAAUAUUAAAACAUGGUGCUGCUAUAACAGGGAACAAGACAAAUGUAAUAAAUAUUGUGGGUUAUACAUAAUUAAUUAUCAAGACUAUCCACCAAAGUGGAGUCCUUUCAUCAGACAAACGGCCACAUGAUUUGCAUCCGUUUUUGUUUAAUCAACCUUAAAUUGUUCACAUUCCAUAUUAAUUUUGUUGUGUUUGUAUACAUAUUUUAUUUGAUCUCCUCCUGUGCUGCAUUAUACUCCCACGGUGUCCAGAAUCCUUAAUUGACCUCAACUGGUUUUUGGUCAAGGAUGGCUCUUAUUUAAAUGAGUUGUGAUCACAUUUUUGAUUUGCAGCAGUUUUAAUCAGUCACAAUGUAUUUCUCAAAUUGUACACCACCGCAGACUUUGUUGCAAAUCUAACUCACAUGUACCGUCUUUAUUGCUUUCUCAAUAAAUAAUAUCCCUGUCUUUAA